UUUGGCUGAAGCACCAUGAGAAGUGCACGAGAGACCACCUCGCCCAGAGGGUGCCCAGGCCGCAAGCUUCGCUGGCAUGCCUUUGCUGUCGCCUUUGGGAUGCUGCCAGCCUUUGCCGCUGUCCGACAAGCAUUCAUGAGGGUAUUCCACAGACAGGGUGUUUGCACACUACCUUCUUCAAAAUUGCGGCUGCAAGUCCCAGAAGGACGAAUUCCAGUGGCGAUUGUUGCCCCCGGCUCUUUUUCGCCGCCAACGCUGCUGCAUUUGAGGAUGUUUGAAGAGGCUCGUGAUGCUUUGGAACGCACUGGAGGUAAAUUUAAAGUGGUUGGUGGCUACAUGUCUCCUGUACAUGAUGCAUAUGGCAAAGCUUCUUUAGCACCAGCACAUCAUCGAUUAAGCAUGGUGGAAGCAGCAGUGUCAGAUUCGGAUUGGAUUAUGGCUGAUAGCUGGGAAUGCCUGUGCCGAAGUGAGUGGACACCAACAGUUGAGGUGGUUUCGCGUUUCGCAGCCGAGCUCAGCAAGGUUCCAGUUGCUGUUGGGUCUAAUCGCCCGCAAUGUGGCAAAGUUCAGCUUGUGAUGCUUUGCGGCGGUGAUGUCUUGCAAUCUUUCAAUGCAACAAAGCCAAGCGGCGAGAGAGUAUGGCCGGACGAUGAUGUUGAGGUCAUCGUUGGGCAACACGGCCUGGUUUGCGUCGGGCGGGGCAAAGCAGAUCUUGGAGCGAUAGCGCGGGAGUCCACGGUGCUCGGCAAACACCUCGACAAAAUUGUUCUUGCAAAGCCACGAGUCCUCACAGGCAUCAGUUCCAGUGUGGUCCGGCAAUAUUUGGCUUCGAAUCAAAGCAUUCGCUACCUUGUGCACGACAAGGCUGGGAUGGGUGGGUCAAGCGCGUCAAGUCGGUCAAGCGGUGAUUCUUCACUAGGUAUGCUCAGUUUAGCGCAUUCGGAAUGCUAUGAAAUUGCUUACCUUUCAGGUGUCUCGCGGCUUGUUUACGCCGGGUCUUGUUCAUUGCGCCAAGGGGUUUUUCGUACAGGUACAGGCAGUACUUUAAAAUCAUGAUUCACGCCCAAGAAGUUUCUUGCUCUCCCAAGGUUCGUGACUACAUCUUCAAACACAAGCUCAACGAGCUGCCAAAUUGGCAAUGAGCUUCUCAGCUACGCUGUGACUCGAAGCUUUCGAACUCAAAACCAUUGUCUGCGCGGGAAACAAAAGGAGCGGUGAAUGCAAAUUCCAAACACCUUGUGUCCGCGUUGUAUGGCAGGUUUACUCACGGGAAAACACUUGGUUUGGAGUGGAGUUUG